AUGGUAAAAGAGGGGGGGGUCGUAGCUUCUGUGGUAAAUGAAAAUACUAGUCCAAACGGUAUUGAGGAAGACAUCUCGGCUUUCAAAAAUUCUUCUGAUGUAUCAGACGAAGGGCUGAUGAAAUACUUGAAUUCCAAUUCUGGUCAGACUUUUGCUAAUUCUUCAGCUGAAAGGACAAUUUCUGUUGCUUCCCUUGUGAGCCAGGACUCGCCAUCAACACAGUCCAGGAUCAGUCGCACCACAGUUGAAAUAGCAGCUGCAGCAGCGGCAGCCAAAUUGUCUGCCCAUUCCUAUGGAACGAGGGCUGCCAGAGGAAUCAGCAAGACACCAGUUUCAUAUGUCACUUUGGCGUCUGGUCAAGAUAAGAAGAAAUCUGGCUCCCAGCAGAAAACAGCUACUAUAUCCAAGAAGAAAGACUUUAUCAAGUCGAACCCACCAUCAGAUUUUUUUGUACACCUUGAUUCAAGCCAUCCAACAGAUUUUGUUUUACAACAGACUGUACACCUGGAUUCCAAAUCACCAUCAGAUUUUGUUUCACACCAGAAUAUACAACGGAAUAUACACCUGGACUCAAAUCCACAUUCAGAUUAUGUUGCCCACCAGAAUGUACACCUCGAUUUUCAUGUACCAGGCUUAGCCCAUGAUCCUGCUAUGGACCCUACGGACAGGGAUCAGGUAAAAUGUGUAUUGAAUGAAAAUAAGAGCACUGAGGAUGGAAGGACAGAUGCCUAUAAAACAUCCGUUAAAAGACCCUUUAAAAAAAGUAUAGUCCACAGAACUCGUAGCGAGGAAGUGUUCAGGAAUAUGUUGAUCUUGGAGAACAUGGAAAUAAAAGACAGCACGCUGGACAUGGGGACCAAACAUGACCAGAACUCUGGGCUGGUGGAUUACAUGGACACCAGCGUCAGUCACGUCAGCACGCUAAUCGACUCGAUAGUCAACACAAUGGAGUCUGAAACAGGGGAUGUGGAUUUUCAGAAGGUCAUCAGUGACCUUGACACAGAGCUAAGCAAGUCCCCCCUGCUGGCAACAGCCUCGACCACCUCCUCUGUGUCAUCAACAUCACUGGCAUCGCCCCUCAAGUCACCACAGCGCUCCAUGUCCGAGUCACCCUUGAAGUCUAAAUCUACUCCGCAGGGUUUCAGGAAGAGGCUCAUCCACCUGAUGAACUCUGAAAACAGUUCGACGUCUCCUGUAGCCACGCUCCCCUUCCCACAAGUGGGCCCAUCCACAUCACAGGAGAGUUUCAAAGAGAUCCACUCACCCCACGCCACUGCCCUUUCACAUAAAGAUUCAUCUCCCGCCUCUCUCCAGACAAGCACCGCUGUCACCUCACUAACUUCAAGUGCCGAAAACUCUAUGUCUUCCCUGUCACUUUCUACAAGUCCGGAAAAAUCAGGUUCCUCUCUGUCACUUUCAACAAGUCCUGAAAAGUUUGGUCCUGCCGUAUCCGUUCCAUCGAACCCUGAUGGGCCCUCCUCUGUAAUUUCCUCUGUGGAUGUGGCAUCAGGGAAUUGCGACUCCACAUUAGAAGCUUUGAGCAUUCAGCUAACUGGAAGUAAGCGGAAAUCUGUAGAACUUGAGAC